AUUAAAAUCAUAUUUUGAAGUAUUUUCUUUCAUUUUGUAAACAUGUUCAAAUUAAGAAAAGCAGCUAAUAUUUGUAACGUCACUGCAGUACGUUCAUUUGCAUCAACGAAUCCUCUUACCGAGAAAGAUUCAUGGUUUUCCAAACUACUGGUACGCAAAAUUGAGCCAACUAAAGAAUCACACAGUCGAAUGUUAAGUGAUAAAGAAAUUAUUUAUGCCUUACACACGCACAAUGUACGGCCCGGCAGUAUGGUCGAUUAUUUAAAGAAUUAUAAAGAAACUGUUGGACUAAUGGAAGAAAAAAAGGCUAACCUUUCCUGUAACUUGGUGGCUUCGUGGACUGUGCAGGUGGGUGAUUUAGACCAAUGCUUGCAUUUAUGGAGAUAUACAGGAGGUUUUGAGAAAAUCGAUCAUGCCAAAGCCGACUUAUUCCACGAUCCGGAAUAUUUAGGUUUAAUGAAGGACCGUGCAAAGUAUUUAAGAUCGAGGCACUUGCAAUACUUAUUGGCAUUCAGUUACUGGCCAAAAAUAGAAAUGCGUACCGGUACAAAUAUAUACGAAAUGAGAUCUUAUCGCCUUAAACCCGGAACUAUGAUUGAAUGGGGUAAUAACUGGGCUCGGGCCAUUAACUUUCGUAAGCAUAAUAAUGAAGCAUUUGCGGGAUUCUUUUCGCAAAUCGGUCGCCUCUAUAACGUUCAUCAUAUUUGGUGUUAUAAAUCUUUGCAAGCACGUAAGGAAACACGUGAAGCAGCCUGGCGUUUACCGGGUUGGGACGAAUGUGUUGCUUACACCGUGCCUUUAAUACGUGAAAUGCAUUGCCGUGUAUUGUCUCCCACGGAAUUCUCGCCGACACAAUAAUUGUUAGCUGCGACGGUAGAAGUAAAUUAUAAUCGAUAUGAAAAGAAUUAAUUAUGUUAUAAUUCUUUUAAAGUAACUGGAUUAACGCACAGCUUAUUAAUUUUUUUGAAAUUUAAUAUAAAACAAAUUAAAAUUCUUUAUUAGUACAGUUAAUCUCUCACUUUUAUAAUGAGUUGUUGUUUCUAUUAUGUAA